UAUGUAGGAAGUAUGGCUGGACAGAGUGACCGGGAGGGUAUGCAUGGCAAUAUCUGCAAAAGGGAUGGCAAUAACAGGAAUCGAUGAUCGGAGAUAUUGGAAUUGUGUUUCUACAGAAGAAUCUAGAUUCCAUAUUGUAGCGUAUUUGCAGCAAAUAUGGUGGUUUGAAGUAGAUGGAGUAGUAAAGUUUCCUCUUCCAGCUGAUAUAUAUACUCUCUCAUUCAGGCUUCACCUUGGAAGAUUUUCCCAAAGGUUGGGAAGACGGAUGUCUAGUUUCGAGCACACACACGGUUGGGAUAUAAAGCCUGUGAAAUUUGAGUUGUCUACUUCUGAUGGCCAGCUAGAAUCAUGUGAGCACUAUUUGGACGAUACUGAACAAGAUUAUGAAAAUGGAAACCAUAAGCGUGGAUGCUGGAUAGACUACAAGGUAGGGGAAUUUAUCGUCAACACCUCAGAACCAACAACUGAAGUCAGAUUUUCCGUGAAACAGAUAGAUUGCACACAUUCUAAAGGAGGGCUUUGUGUAGAUUCUGUAUUUAUUAUCCCCACUGACCUUAAAGAGCGUAAAAGAAGAGGGACUUUGAAAUAACCAGAAACAUAUCAGAGUUAUUGUUGUCAUCAAUGAUCCCUGGAAAUCCCAUGCGGUUUCACGUACAGCUUAUACUUCUGAAGGCAAUUGUUGUUUUAGAGAGUUUCGUCUUAAUUGGUUUUUGGAGUAGGUAUGCGUCCUCUAUGAUCACGUAAGCUUCACUACCAUGUAUUUGAUCCAGUUUUGUUUCUUUCUU